UGACAAUAGGGUCAGUGUCAUCUUCAAUGAUUUGACAGGUGCUUGACAAAGCAUCCUAAAGCAUGUACGCGAAAGGAAAGGGGUCUACUGUCCCCUCGGAUGCUCAAGCCAGAGAAAAGUUGGCGUUAUAUGUUUAUGAAUAUUUAUUACACGUUGGGGCACAAAAAAGCGCACAGACGUUUUUAUCAGAGAUACGAUGGGAGAAAAACAUAACUCUUGGAGAACCACCUGGGUUCCUACACUCCUGGUGGUGUGUAUUUUGGGAUCUAUAUUGUGCGGCACCAGAGCGACGAGACACCUGCGACCACUCUAGCGAAGCAAAGGCCUUCCACGAUUAUGGCUUUGUUAAUUCAGGAUAUGGCCUUAACGGUAUGGCUCAUAACCCGUCAGCCCCUAGUCCCCUAGGUCAAAUGCCACCAAACCAAGACGGGAUGCCAGGCGGACCAGGGAUGCCUCAAGGGUUCUUUCCACACUUUAUGGGCCCACGAUAUCCAGGUGGGCCUCGGGGGCCAGGAAUCAGAAUGCCAGAUGGUUUUAAUGGUCCCCCGGGCAGUGCAGCAGGCCAGAUGCCAAUGCCAAACAGUAUGGAGCCCAGACCAGGUCAUCCUGGCAUGGGCCCUAUGCAGCGAAUGAGCCACGCAGGAGGUCGAAUGUCAGGCCCAAUCAACCCUGUUAGUCCUAUAAAUCCAGCUGUAUAUGAUGGUAUGGGUCCAGGCAGUUAUGGACCAGGAUUACGUGGACCCCCACCUAACAGUAUGAGCCCAGGGGGCCCCGGACCCGGCCCUGGGGGCAUGCCUCCUAUGUCAGUACAUGGUGGUAGUCGACCGUGGCCCCCAUCCUCAUCAUCCUCAUCAAUACCCCAGGGUGGUCCCCCUGGUACCCCUAUCAUGCCUAGUCCUCAAGAUUCCACAAGCUCAGGUGACGGAAUGUAUGGUAUGAUGAAGGGUCCAGGCGGUGGCGGAAUGCCAGGCAUGCCGGGCGGGGUACGUCUUCACAACAUCACUGUUUUAAAAUACCCAGGUAUGCCGGGAGCAGGGGACGGUGGUAUGGGGAUGGGGCCAGAUGGUAUGACCCCCGUUAUGAAUGGUGAUAUUGAUGGUAUGAAAAAUUCUCCAGCAAACGGCCCGGGCACUCCACGGGAUGAAAUGCCACAGAAUGGGAAUGGCACGGGCCCAGAUAUGGGUGGAUACGGGAACCUGGGCGGGUAUCCGGAUAACUGUUACUCUCUGUGAUGUUAAAGAAUUCCCCAGAGCUGAUGCCUAUAACGAAAUGAUUUCAUUACACAACUGACAGUCGUACUUGGCAAUCUUCGUGGGAUAAAGAUGGGACAAGAUACGUGUGCAGCAUUUCAGUCGCCAGACGAACCUCUGAACAUGCGAACUAAGGAAUGGUAACACCGCCUGAUUCGCAUCACACUCCAGAGACUCCCAUCAUUGAUGAACAACAUGUUUAAAAUAAUGAUAGCAUAUUUGUUUACAACAGUCAUAGAAUAAACUGUCUUAUCAGUGUCAAGGCAGCUGUACCGGUAAUUAUCAUUCCAGAUAUUGACCUUCAGCUUAAAAAACUUAAAGAACACAGUGACUAAUAAGUCCAUGAAUAAAAAUAUACAUAAGAUUUUCUAAAAUAUGGUUUUAUUUAUGAUGUCUGUUUUUAGAAUAUUGUAUGUCGUAUUGUUCAACCAAAGAAGGAUUGUUGAAGUAUAGGAAACAUUGUUAGAUAUUAGAAAACAAUUCAAUUCACUAAAUUUUGUGCAAUAUUUUAUCAGCAUUAACACUUAAAAUAUGAGAAAUGGCUUUCAGACUUAAUUUUUAAAACAAUGAUCAUGCCAAUAUAUGAAACAUGUUCUUUCUUGGUCUUCCUGCAUGCAGACUUCCUACAUACAGACAAUACAGAGAAGAGUCUUGUAGGUCAGUUCGACAUUGAACCUUAUUAACACUCAGCGACUAUGCCUAUAUAUUGGUUCAAAACAACUGAGAGUAUUCAUCAAACCCAUUUUAUCAAUGCAGCGGCCAUACUGAGCAACAUUUGAUUGUUGAUCUGGUAGUUUUGGGUAGCCUUCAUCUUUGCAAACUCAUGAUCCGAAUGGAACUUAUUUCAAACCACUGGUCAACUGACACCAGCUGUAAUUAUUCGAAACGGAGACUUAAAUUAUCUCUGUACAAAGCUUAGAUUCUAGGUUCUGUUCAUGUACAUUAUGGUUUUUGUCCCAAUUUGGUAGGAGACAGUAAAAGUGAAAAUGACUGGGUUGAGCUGGAUCAAUGGCAUUUACCGUAAAUGACUGGGUAUAAGACGAUAGGGGGUAUUAGACGCAGGGAAAAAAAUCUGUGAAAAAUCCGAGAAAAAAACUUUUAAUCUAUGUUUUUGGUUAAAAGACGCAUGUAAAUCCUUCAUGAAGUUAAUUAAAACACCAUUUUAUACAUGCACUGAACUGAAUAAACUCAUUCUAUCGGCUUCAGAUCAAAGAGUCACACUGUGUGACGUCACAUAUUAAAUUAAAUUGUCACAGUGGUGUAUACGGUCAGGUAAUCUAGCCAGGCAGUGUAAAGAUAAAAAUCAAUAUUCUUCGUCUGUGAAACUUGGUAACUAUGAAAGUUAUGAUUGAUGUCCUUUGGGUGUCCGAAAAUUAGGUACGCAAAAUAAAUUAUUUUGGGAAAUAAUUAUGGGUGUCCAAAUAUAAAAUAUUUUUGUUGAAAUUAUAAACGUCUUACGAUAUACCGUAUCCCGAUCUUCAACUGCCGUUUUAACCCGUAUAUACUCGAUCAAUAUGACGCGAGUAACAUCCCUUUCUACAUAAAUCUAAACAAACUCUCGGCUUGAAAUUGACAUCAGAAAAAAAGUUCAAAAAAUUGUUACUGGGUAUUAUACGCAGGCAUUUUUUUGCAUCAAAAUCUGAGGGAAAAAAGUGUGUCUAAUACCCAGUCAUUUACGGUAGUAUGGAAUAGUCAAAAAAUUUAAUUUAAGUAUAUAAAAUAUUAUUUCAGACAAUCAAAUCUACAGUAAUUUUAGUUUUAUCAUAUUCUUUAUUUCACAUGGUCAAAGAAUGUUCGUCUAGUCCUUUGGGCAUGCCGUUACUUGAAUCUGAAUUUGAGUCCUUAAUCCAGAUAAAUGAUAAUUGUGCUGAGGUUAUUGUAUAAUGAUCAAUUCUGAUGAAUAUUUAAUCGCGCAUGAUGAAUUUGCUCAAAUAUCAAAUCUCAUGUAUAACAGUGUAGUAAAUAUUGUCAUGAAACAUUUGAAGUACUGUCAUAGAAAUAUCAUCUUUUAUUUACUUACAUUAUUUUUUUAUAAAUAUAUUAUUUAUUACAGUAAUGGGGAUUUCUUUAUGAUCAUUGAUAACUAAAGGUCUUUUUAAAACUAAGAAAUGUAAUGUUAAAUUGUGUAUGUUAUAUUUAUUGUAUUAAAAAUCACCAAUAUUAAUCUGAUGUCGACAAAAAAGAGUCCAUGGAGGAAUAAUAAAAUAUUAUUUUGAUAAAAAACUAGAUUUAUCCAUGUUAAUUUAUAAAAUGACUGUGCUUAGGAAUAUUUUUGAAAUCAUGAUUGUUUUUCAAGACAGUUAUGAUGGUAUACUUUUUUCACUGUCAAUUUGAAUUAUGCAUUGUGAGAAUUUUACGAGUCUGCCUUUGAUCUCUGCUGUAUGGUACAUGUAGAUUGGCCAAAGCGUCUGUCGUUAGCGCAUCCAUCUAAACACAAUUAGUUGUGAGUGUUUGUUUAAAUUAUGCUCCUCGGGUCAUUACUGGCCUCGCCCCCGAGUUCAUGGGUUUGGUAUUCUUAAUUGGGAAAUGUUUAAAAACCUUUUUGUGUGUUUGCGCAUUAAUCUAAACACAAUUGCUUGUGAAUGAUUGUUCAAAUUAUGCCCCUGGGGUUUGGUAUACUUAAAUUGGGAAUGUUUGAAAAUCUUGUUGUCUGAAACAGCUAUGCAGACGCUUUUGAAUAAGGCAUAAUUUAGUGGUCUGCUACCUUGGUUGUUCAAAUUAUGCCCCUGGGGUCAAAACUGGCACUGCCCUGGGGGUCACAAGUUUCCUAGAGACUCAUUUUAGAAAUAUUUUCAAAAUCUUCUUGUUUCAAACCACAAGGCUCAUACGUUUGAUAUUUGUUGUGGAGCAUCAUGUGCUGACCGUCUAGGGAAACAGUUGAAAUUAUGCCCAUGGGCCCAAAGCUGACCUCUCCCCUUUUGACCUACUUUUUUAUUUUUAAAGCUUCAGCAAUGAAAUUUGGACCAUGUGUACAGUUUAGCAAACGAGCAUCCAAUUCUCAAAGACCUUGACUUUGACCUUUUGACCAAUUUUUUUUUAUUUUUAAAGCUACAGAAAUGAAAUUUUAACCAUGAGUACAGUUUUGAAAGCAAGUAUUAUUUUUUUCCUCUGAUGACCUUUACUUGGCACAAAUUAAAAUAGUUCAUGCAACUAAUCUGCUUACAACACUCUCUGCCCUCAGAUGUUGAACCUGCAACGUUUUCAGCUAACCCAAACACAAAACGUGAACUAUAUGUGUGUUGCCUAUUAUCCAUACAUACACGCUGUGGAUUGAAAAUGACCACCAGAGCUGUGCCAGUAGAGCAUAGGCCCUUAUGGGCCUCUUGUUUACCAUGCCUGAAAUGCCAUGGCGAUUUGAACGUAAGACUUAAGGAUUUUAUUUAGAUUCUUAAAAUGUACUUAAGACAGUUAAUAUUCAAGAAAGUGAUUGAAUUUGUAAACAUCAGGUAUGUUUUGGGAAUGUUUACUCAAAUAUACACACCUCCGUGUUUUCACAGUUUGCAAAAUUCUUCAUUGGCAUUCAAUGGUUUCUUCUAUCUAUACCUUUGAUGCAUCUUCUUUUAUGACCUUAAUUUCCAAUAAAUUGUCAUACCAAUAUAGCGAGUGUCAUAAACCGUAUGACGUAGAAGACAGAAAUCAAGUGCCAAGUGGGUGGAGAUUAUGUAGACGAUUAAGGAAGAUAGCAAUUUCGAAAAAAAAAUAUAAAAAAUGAGAAACCACGUAUUCAAGUACCCUUUAAAUUGUAAAUUUUUGGAAAACCACGAUAUUUCAUGCCAAUGAAUAUAAAUGAUUUCAUAUGUUGGAGUUAAUGACACUGAUAUAACUUUUGCAAAUCUGAAGUGUCUUGGCCCUUAUUAAGUUUGAAUAGCUGGAAGGCCUUUAAAACUUUAAAGAUAUUGAUUCAUAGAAUUUGACUUGAUUGCAUUAUUUACAAUUCUAGCCAAUUAAUUUUCAUACUUGAAUCAUUUUAUAAAUAGUUUAGAUGGGGUAAACUUUGAAAAAUCUUCUUAUCUGAUCAGUGUGCCGGCAACUGUAUGGUAUACACAGAGGGAUUUUGAAAUAAUUUGGCACCUGUGUUUCAAACAAAUACUUGCAAUUUAAUCAUUUUGGAAUGCAGCUUAUAUGCACGUAGAUAUAGUUGGUCUUUAUGUCCGGGCUGUAAUUUUGUCAUGCAUGGAGAGAUUUUCUCUAACAAAUUGUGAAACUGAAUCUGCACAAACAACUCCACACAGGACAAAUUACUUCCUGAAUUAUUUUUUGACAGGAUUAUCAACCCUUAGAAGAAGUGGUAUAUUUAUUUCUGAUAGUGAUAAAAGGCAAAAAAUUAUAUCUAUGGAAAUGGAUGAGAUGAAUAAUAUCUAUAAUAUUUAUUCCAUUUUAUAUUACAUUCUAUUAGUCUGAAAGUCAUCAUUUCUGAUAGCCAACAGAGCUUUUUAAAUUGACUUUGUAGGAAGGUAAGCUGAUAUAUGUCUCUAAUAUUGGUAUAUAUUUUUCUAUGACAUAGUAUGUUCAGCCAAUGCAUUACAGUAUACAGUAUUUGCAUAUAGACAGUGUCUCAUAAGAAUAUGAUGAUCAAUAUAGAAGCAUAAAUAAAAUACUUCUGAAUUUACAAAAGAGCAAAAAAAAUGCUCACGCAGAAGCAAUAUGUUGAUUGAUCAAAAUCCCCUUGAAUUAAGAACAAACAUGUUAAAAUCCCCUUGAAUGAUCUCCCCAAAAUAUGACAUUUUUGAUACAUGUUCUGAUGAAAUAAGACCAUUUUUAUAAAUGUAUAUGAUUCCUUACCAAACUCUAUUUAAAUCUAAACCACUCUUUUUUUUCAAAAAGUUGACUACUAAGAAUUUGGGACUCCAAAACAGAGGUCAGGUUUUGUGAGGGGAAGAAAUGGAUUUAAUAUUUUGUCUUUUUUCUGCCCUUUUCAUGGUUUCUUUUGACUACAGUUUAGACCUUAGUACCUCUCUGAGAUAUUCUAUGGAAAGUUGUUCAGAGUCUUGUGGAUAGUUUAAUUAUGUCUCCCCCUCUCUGGGGGAGACAUAUUGUUUUUGCCCUGUCCGUCAGUCCGGUAGUCCGUCAGUCCGUCCGUACGUCACACUUCGUUUCCGAUCGAUAACUGGAAAACCGCAUGACCUAGGAUCACCAAACUUGGUAGGGAGGUUGGUCAUGAGGUGUAGAAGAUCCCUAUUGUUUUUGGGGUCACUAGGUCAAAGGUCAAGGUCGCGGCGACCCCCAAUGUAAAAAACAUUUCCGCUCAAUAUCUUGACAAUGGUUUGACCUAGGUUCACCAAAUUGGUAGGGAGGUUGGUCAUGAGGUGUAGAAGAUCCCUAUUGUUUUUGGGGUCACUAGGUCAAAGGUCAAGGUCGCGGCGACCCCCAAUGUAAAAAACAUUUCCGCUCAAUAUCUUGAGAAUGGUUUGACCUAGGUUCACCAAACUUGGUAGGGAGGUUGGUCGUGAGGUGUAGAGGAUCCCUAUUGUUUUUGGGGUCACUAGGUCAAAGGUCAAGGUCGCGGCGACCCCCAAUGUAAAAAACAUUUCCGCUCAAUAUCUUGAGAAUGGUUUGACCUAGGUUCACCAAACUUGGUAGGGAGGUUGGUCGUGAGGUGUAGAGGAUCCCUAUUGUUUUUGGGGUCACUAGGUCAAAGGUCAAGGUCGCGGCGACCCCCAAUAUAAAAAACAUUUCUGCUCAAAAUCUUGAGAACGGUUUGACCUAGGUUCACCAAACUUGGUAGGGAGGUUGGUCAUGAGGUAUAGAAGAUCCCUAUUGUUUUUGGGGUCACUAGGUCAAAGGUCAAGGUCGCGGCGACCCCCAAUGUAAAAAACAUUUCCGCUCAAUAUCUUGAGAAUGGUUUGACCUAGGUUCACCAAACUUGGUAGGGAGGUUGAUCAUGAGGUUUAGAAAACUCCUAUAUUUUGGGGGGUCACAAGGUCAAAGGUCAACGUCGCUGUGACCUCUAAUGUAAAAAAAUAUUUCCGUGCAAUAUCAGGAGAAUGCUUUGAUCUAGGUUCACCAAACUUUGAAGUGAGGUUGGUCAUGAUGUCUAGUUGAUUUUGCAAUCAGUUGGUCAAAGGUCAAGGUCACUGACCUUGAGGUGAAGAACCGGUUUCUGCUCAAUAACUCAAGAACGUUUACACCCAGGAACUUCAUACUUGGUAUGCCAGUUAGUCAUGACUAGUUGAUGGCCCCUAUUGAUUUUGGGAUCCAUCAUUGAUUAUUUCUCACCUACGACCACACAAUGGGGGAGACAUGCGCUUUUUCAAAAAAGCAAUCUCUAGUUAUUUCAUAGUUUUCAAUUCUUCAUCAGGAAGUCAGAAAUGUGCAAACAAAUGCUUAGUGUUGUACAUGAAAUAAUCCAGAUUAUGUUGAAUUAAGUUGUUUUGAAUCUCAUCUUUAUGUUCUCAGUCCAUUUUCAGUUAUAUUCUACCUAGCUGAAGGAGGAGCUCUCAUAUUUACUAUGUUAGGAUAACAUUUUCUCAAUGCCUAGAUAAUUUAUUUAGAUCUUGUAGUUAUAUUUUGGUGGGAAAAAUACAUUUAAAUUGUUAAAGUGAAAUUUCUUGUAUAAUGUGUAUUAUUUUAAUGAUUGAAUAAUUUACAUGAUAUGUUUUUUCCUGACUUAGCAUUUAUUUAUUUGUUGGAUAUUAAUUUCCCUAAAUUCAUUGUAAGUACCAUUUAGGUGAGCAUUGUAUUUACCAUUUGAUAUUUAAUGUCAGUUGCAGCAUUGUCAAGUUGUUAAUUGCAUUUAAUGUAAACAGUAGUGGAAAGGUCAUUCAAAUACGGUGUGCCAUUUUUGAGUAAAAAUAUGCAUUGAUGUUAAGAAAUCAGUUGUUGAAACAUUGCCUGCAAAUCUUCAUUUAGACUAUAAGUAUUUGCCAUGACCGAGAGUGUGAGAUAGGUUCAUCCCAACCUGUGCGUAGGAUGUUUUGCGGAAAUGAGGUUUAUCGAGGAUUGGGUGGGGAAAGAGCAGCUAUGGUAGAUGCUUUUCUCUGGUACUUGUUUUAUUUUGGCCCUUGGGCAAGAUUAGGAUUUCCAGCAUGGCCUAAUUUUUGGAUCUACUUAUCUGAGGUGGGAGAAAUGAAUUUCUAUGGUUUGAAUUAACUCAUUGUUAAAAUUACAUGUUUAAGAGCCUUUUCAGCUCACCUGAGAUCAUAGUGCGUGCUUAGGGUGAGCUUUUCCCAUCGCACACCUUCCGUCAUCUGUCAACAGUUGCUUCAAACAACAUCUCCUCCUAAACCGCCUGGCCAAUUUUGAUGAAACUUCACUGGGAUGUUCCUUGGAUAGUGCAAAAUUGUUCAAAGAAACAAAUUCCAUGCAGAACUCUGGCAACCAAAAGGAAACACUUAAAAAUCUUCUUGACAAAAACCAUGAGGCCUAGAGCUUAGAUAUUUGGUGUGAUACAUUGUCUAAUGGUCCUUGACCAAGUUUGUUAAAAUUAUAGCUCUUUGGUCAAAACUGGCCCUGCCCCUGGGAUCACAAAUUUCUUGCAUAAUUAUAUGGUGAAAUCUUUGAAAAUCUUCUUGUCUGAAACUGUUUAUUAAAACCCUUGAUCUUUUGUGUGUAUCAUCAUGUUAUGGUCCUCUAUCAAGUUAGUUCAAAUCGUGCUUCGGGGUCAAAAUUGGCCCCAGCCCAAGAGUUUCAAGUUUUCUAUUUAUAUAAACUUAUAUAAAAAAAAUACAUUUUGUUAAAAGAUGAUUGUAAUUUAAAGUUUGCUCUUAAAGCGAGAGCAGCAAAUUUUGCUAUAUUGUCUCCCUUGCUCUUGGAGCUUACUUUUGAAAUUAUUGUCAUUUUUUAGAAACAAGGGAAUUCUGAAUUCUGCAAAAUAGUCACUUCUUAGGUAAUUUUUGUUCGUUUUAUAGGUUUUUAGGUUAAAUUUAUUACUAUAUUUCUUGAUUUUGUAGAAGUACAAUUUUUACUCAUUUAUGAAUUUAAUAAACCAACUUUCCCAUUGAACUAGACCAUUGUACAGAAUUGUACACAUCCUAUAUUUUGCUUGGAUAGUUUAAUACAUCUUAUAUAAAUAUGAAUGUUCUAGAUGUAUAAGUAAGGAAAACUAUUCAAUGUAUGUUCGAGUUAGAGUAACUGAAAUAUUUUUUGUAAAUAUGAAGUGUCUUGGUUCUUAUUCAUUUUGAAUAGCUGGAAGGCUUUUAAAUUCUCUAAAGAUGUUGAUUCAAAAGAAUUUGACUUUAUAUUAUCAUAUUCAAUUAUAGCCAAUAAAUUGUUAAACAUUUAUCAAUUUAUAAAAAGUUAAGAUAGGGUAUACUUUGAAAAUCUCCUUGUCUGAUCAGUGUGCAGGAAACUGUAUUAAGUUUGUCAGUGUGCAGGCAACUUUUACUCAGGUGAACGUUUUAGGCCAUCAUGGCCCUCUUGUUUAUAAAUGUAGUCUUUUAUUUAUGCUUUUAUUAUUAAAACACCUUCACACUCAUAAAAAUGAUACAUAAUGCAUGCUUUUAUUUCACACUCACAAAAAUGAUACAUAAUGCAUGCUUUUAUUCUGGGAUUGUUUUUCUAAAUUCAACUCUCAAAUUACAUAUAUUUGUAUUUUCAAGAAUAUCUCCUCUGAAGCAAUAUUGCAAAUCUGGUGAUUUAUACAUUUUAAUACUGUAGAUUAACAUAACAUUUCAGGGGGGGGGGGGGGGGGAAGCAACAAUUUCUCCCAUAGUAUCAACAUCUGAUCCACCAUUUAGUUCAGCUUACCAAUCUUGUAUUUAUUGCCUGAAGUAUUGACCUAAUGAAAUGUUUCACAUGCAGUUUAUUUUUUGAUAAGAUUUUGCCAUGUAUUUUUUAAAAACACCAAAUGGCUGUCAUUUUAUAAACUCUAUCAUACUUUUAUGUGGACAAAACUAAUGUCUGAUUUCAUUUCCAGUCUUAACACUUUCCUUCAUAGAGAAGUGGCCACAUCAGCUGCCCCUAGUUAGUCCCCUCGUUAUAUAUCAUUUUAGAGUCAAGGGGCAUAUCUAUAAGGCUAUGAAUAGAGGAGUAAAAUGGCAAAUCUUUGAAGGAAAGGGCCGAUUAUAGUUAGAUAAAGCAAGACAAAGUGAAGAUAUAUCUCAUGAUGAAGUACACUGUUGGCCUCUCUAUAUUGUUGUCUCUUGGGUUUAUUGUACAGGUAUAUUUUCCAUACUUUGACAAAAAAGUAUAGCUGUCUCAUAUUUAAAAAAAUACUGAAUCAAGAUAGCUAUCUAUCUACGAAACUAAGAUAUUUAGUGCACAAAAUGCCCGAAUUCAUAUCUUGAAAUAAAAACAGAAAUUAUAACUGUGUAGUUGUAGGUAUUAUGAAUAUUUUUUCAACAUGUUCAAUAAUUACUAUUCUAGAAAGAUUUUACUAUUCUAGAAAGAUUUAAUUUGUACAGUUUGGAAACAGGGUUAAAUGUAAUUUUUAUGUUCAUUUUGGUCCUAUGUUCAUGUUGAACAUUUUAAAUUUCUUUACAUUAAUAAACUGCAUUUUUGUCUGUAAGCAAUACAGCCCAUGUGUAUAUAACUGUGAAUAAUGUACAACUUUAUUGGUACACACUUUACUGUGCCACCAAACCUUACGUACCGUAAUUCACCUAAGAGUUCGGACACUCUAAAUAUUCGAAAACCCAUAAUUAUUUUCCAAAAUAAUUUAUUUUGCGUACCUAAUUUUCGGACACCCAAAGGACAUCAAUCAUAACUUUCACAGUUACCAAGUUUCACAGACGAAGAUUAUUGAUUUUUAUCUUUACAAUGCAGGCUAGAUUACCUAACCGUAUACACCACUGUGACAAAUUAAUUAGUUACUACCCAUCCUAAACGAUUUAUUGCCUGUGUGGUAUAUUUAUUAGAGGAUUAAAGAAACAACAAGGGCAAUUAAGAAAACAUAGACAUGACAUGUUUGUAAAACGAUCUGCCAAUAAACUUUUAAACUUGUACCACACUUAUAGACUGUAAGAAUCAAUAAUUGUACAGUUAUACAUUAAUCCUGCAUAGCAAUGUCCAUGCUAUCCACGAGAUCCUCGUGGGUAUAACUGUAAGUUAUGUGACGUCACACAGUGUGACUCUUUGAUCUGAAGCCGAUAGAAUGUGUUUAUUCAGUUCAAUGCAUGUAUAAAAUGGUGUUUUAAUUGACUUGAUGAAGGAUUUACACUUAUAGGCGUAAUAAAUAGGUUUAUGACCAUUGAUUACUACGGAUAAAUUAAUAAGUGGUAAAAUGCAAACAUGAAGAAAAAAGGCAGGUUAAACAAACAUGUAAAUAAAAUGUAAAAAUGGUAAUUUUCUGUUUUCGGACAGCGAAAAAAAUAAUUAAUUUAAGGUGUCCAAACUCUUAGGUGAAUUACGGUAAGUAAAAUUGUGAAUGAUUACUAAAUUUACGAGAAAUAUGAACAAACUGUAAAGAUUGUGUACAUGACAUGUUUUGUAUUGUGUAAUUUAUGUAAUAUAUGAUUGUCUGAUAGAUUUGUCUGAUAAUUAUGAUGAAUAAAACCAUGUGGCAUA